CUGGUGUCAAUGGGAAGGAAGGGAGGGAGCGUGGGAGAGGAUCGCGCCGCGUCAGAUUGGCACUCUGACCGAACGGAGAGAGCACACCGGCGAGCCGCAGUGUGCAGCGAGCAGCGGCAGCCCCCUGUAACACUGGAAAGGGCCUAUAACCAGCACCGGAUCUAAAACAAACGUGCAGGCGGGUGGAAAGCAACGAGAGGAAAGGAAAAGGAUUCUUUUUUUUAUUAUUAUUAUAACCCUCCCCCCCCCUCCAGGUCGCCCUUGCCCGUGGGAUUGCAAUUUCGGAUCAAUUUCCACCGCUCGUGUUUUCAGACUUGCCCUUCAUGUGGACGAAGAUUCACUGAUUUGCAACACGCACACUCACACACACAUACACACACCCCAGCCCUGCAGGGGGAAGAGAAAGUGGCUACUGUCAAACCAUGAGAGAAUAUAAAGUGGUCGUGCUGGGCAGCGGCGGAGUGGGCAAAUCUGCCCUGACCGUCCAGUUCGUUACGGGAUCUUUCAUCGAGAAGUACGACCCCACCAUCGAGGAUUUCUACAGGAAGGAGAUCGAGGUGGACUCGUCGCCGUCGGUGCUGGAGAUCUUGGACACGGCAGGCACGGAGCAGUUCGCCUCAAUGAGAGACCUCUAUAUCAAGAACGGCCAAGGCUUCAUCCUCGUCUACAGUUUGGUCAACCAGCAGUCUUUCCAGGAUAUCAGGCCGAUGCGAGAUCAGAUCAUUCGAGUGAAGAGAUACGAGAGGGUACCCCUGCUUCUGGUGGGCAAUAAGGUGGAUCUGGAAGGGGAGAGAGAGGUGAAUUACAGCGAGGGGAGAGCCCUGGCCGAUGAAUGGAACUGCCCUUUUAUGGAGACCUCGGCCAAGAAUAAAAUUUCAGUGGACGAAUUGUUUGCAGAGAUCGUUCGACAGAUGAACUAUGUAUCCCAGCCUAAUGGAGACGAUCAGUGUUGUUCCUCCUGUGUGGUGCUGUGAUAGAUUUCUAUAUAAAUAUAUAUUAUACAUUAUAAAUCGAAGGCACAGAAUUUCUAUGCAAAGUUGGAAGUGUGGAUAUCUGGAAACCAUAACAAUGUGGCGCCCAGCUAAACUUGGAGACUGUAUCAGAGAAGCUACAGAGUGUGGAUUAACAGCUUCAUCAUAACUACAAUUCUGCUCAUUGGGUGGGGGCAGGAAGUACAUUUUUUUUUGUUGCUGAACUGCUGUAGUGUCUAUUUUUUAAGCCUCCUCUCCCCUCCCCACCCCAGAAGUGGGCAAAGACAGCAAAUAUAUUUAAAAGAAAACAGUGUUGGGGGAUUGGUGGAGGGAGGGGGAGGGGAAAGCAACAGUGGGUUUUUUUUCAACUGUGAUGUGACUGCCACAACCAUAGACUUGUACAAACCAAGGGGCAAGGGGUGCGGAUGGGGGUUUUAUUGGGAGGGGGUGGGGAGGGAAAAUAAUGGACGAACAGUAAAAGCCCAGAGGGUUCAGGCAAUGACUGACUUCUGUGCUGUGGUCCAUGAGCCUAUCAAUGACAGGCUAACAUCCACUCUUGUGUCUAGUGCCUUUGAGACUCUGUGCCAAUUUGUCAAAGCCUCCACACUACUUAACAAGAAAAAAAAGUACUUAAAUUUCUUCUUCAAAUGUUCCCGCACAAAACAUGGCAACAUUCUCUGAGCUUCUCCUUGACGGAAUCCAUAGUCCUUUUGUAUUUUAAGUCUCGCUUUUUGCCUAUGUUUUGGGCUGUUCAAGAAGUCACCUAUCUUCCCUUGUUUCCAAAGGAACUGUCUGUCCUCAGUUUGGUAUUCCGUGUGCUAAUCUAAUAUUCCCCAGCAAUGAUAAGGAUGGGAGGGCAAGGGGAGAGGGAGGUAGGGAGGGAAAGGGAGAAAAGGGGAUGUGACACUGGAGCUUCACUCUGGCGUAUCAAGGAAUUCUAACGUCCUCUGUAUGUUGCAAAACCAGACGUGCAUUUAACAGCUGUCUGCCUGAUCCAAGACUUUUAAUACAAAAAAGCAUUUUUUAUAUAUAAAAACAAACAAAAUGAUAUUAAGCGUUGGGUGUUUUAUUGUAUAAUGCCAUUUCAAAUUUACUUGAAAACCAGGGGCCUUUUUGUCAACCUGAUUGUAUGUUUUAUACAUUGUCAUGAGCUGUUUCGUACAAUGUAACCUGCUGAAUUUGAUUAUAGUUUAAAAGUGUGCAGUUUAAUGUGGCCACUUGUGCGGGGAAAUAAUUUUUUUGUGAACCCGUGACCCAUUUUGGAAGGAAGCGGUAGCCUGCUUUGCUGUUCUAACUCGAGUGUUUAAGAGGUGCAGUAUUCACAGUAAACUC